GUGGUUGCGGAUGAUUGUGGUGGCGUUGGUGUGGGCCAGUGCGGGGUUGAUCGUGUGCACCUACUGGCAAAUUCCAUUGAGCUCCGACAUCUACCAUGGUGGCAGGGAUAUUUUCCAACCUCAUCACUCAUACAACAGUAAAGGCUCAAGCUACACAGACUCUCGGUUACAUGACAGUGAUGUUAGUCAGAAAGGUAAUGUAAUACAGAGCUUUUCUCAACACACGAAUGGCAGAGAGCUUGGGGAUGAAUUCCAAACAUAUAACCUCAACCAAGAAGCCAGUAACGUGAGUUAUAGAUUUAAACAUGUAAACAGCCUUGAACAUUCUACAAGUGCCCUUCAAGCUCACCAAAGUAGCCUUAGAUAUAAUGAUAGCCUUAAAUCCCAGAAAAUCAAUUUUGGGAACCUUGCGAAUGAGGUUUUUAUAAGGAAAGGAGUGGGAAACGCAAGUAUUUCAGAAAACCAUCAAACGUACAAAAAUAGUAAUUACGAACACGGUAAUAUACUAGUUCGCGAUCCACUAUUAGGGAAAUGGACCAGAUUGAAGAAGGCAGGUCGAAGAGAAAAUCAAAUUAUCAUGGCAAGUGGAAGAGGUGAAAGUAACUUGAAAAUAAAUAGGAGCAGCAAACUAAAUCAAGGCGCACCUCGUGUCAUCCUGCUGUUAACGAGAUGGCGGAGCGGGUCGACCUUCCUGGGGGAACUUCUGGCUUCAGCUGUACCAGAAACUUUCUACAGCUACGAACCGCUGCACCCUUGGAAGAUCAGGAUGUUGGAAGAGGAUGACAGUUAUACCCGGGCAGCCCAUACCUUGCUGAGGGAUUUGUUCCAGUGCCACAUGGAGCCGCAUCCCGGGCACGUAGCGUACAUGGCACGCAGUCACUGGUAUCUCCGUUGGAACACUCGUCUGUCUUCUCAGUGUACGCCGACAAUGAAAGUAGUACAAGGCACACAAGAUCGAGUAAAAUAUCAGGAAUCACGGGAGCAGCAGCAGAAGCUGGGACAUGAGAAACAACUGUUUAAUGCAUCUCAGGGACUCCAGAAAGUAGUGUGGCAAGUAUUACAGGAAUCGCGAUACGAAGCUUUGGAUCAUAACGAAAAGGUUCAGCUGGCAAAAGAGCGACCAGGUCUACAGGAUAAAGAUAGGAAGCAACAGGAACCUUCUUCAUCACGUUUGAACGUGGGCAAGCGGCCCUCAUGUGAUGACGCUUCCUUCGUAAGUGAUGUGUGCCGUCGUUCAUCCCUUCACGUGGCAAAGGUAGUUCGACUCAGCCUGCGACAGGCGAUGCCUUUACUGGAGGAUGAGAACUUGUCCCUCCAAGUGGUGUACCUCGUCAGGGAUCCUCGCGCAGUCCUCAGUUCCCGGUCUCGCCUCCCCUGGUGCGUCGCUGCGGCCUGUCGUGAUCCAUAUACCGUCUGCUCCAGCCUGCAGCGUGACUUGCUGCUCAUUCCUCGUCUUCUUCGUCGCUUCCCAACCAGGAUAAAGAUGAUCCUCUACGAAGAGUUCCUUCAAGAUCUUCCUCAAUCUCUCCAUGAGCUCCUCGCCUUCCUCCACCUGCCUCUCACCUCAUCUCACCUCGCGUUUCUCAGUACAGCGGCUCGUGGAUUAACGGUACCGUCUCCAUUAUUGCCAGCUCAAGCUCAAGCCUUGCAACGUCGGAAUCAGGGGCCUUAUGGUACUAGGCGAAAUCUCAAGAAUCAAGCGUUUCUGUGGCGGGUUAAGACUCCCUACAAACAAGCUGCCAGAUACCAGUCACGCUGCAAGGCCGUCCUCACAUCCCUUAGACUGAGGCAGUUCACUUCCUCACUUGAGUAUCACUCAUACUCUAUCUCUGCCCUCCUGCCCCGUCCGAGACGCCUACCGCAAACAUGAUUAUUAGAGCUUGCAGAAAUUUUUCAUGCCGAUAACUAAAUGUAUUAUGCUCCAAGACGUGUUUAGAGUUUUGCGUGUUUGUAUUUGCCUUGUCUGUCAAAACAACUAUUUUCACAAGAAACUGGAAAUAUAUUUAUGUUAUUGCGUUUAUUUUGUCAUAUUUUAU